UUGACAAAGGGAAUACACAUCCAUGCAGGACGAUUGAUGUUUUUAAUGGUCCAGGUAAUUGUGAACUGUUUGAGAACAAGCUUGAACAAAAUACUGGAGAAUCUGACCUGACAUAAGCUCCAAGGUCUAAUAUGGUGAUAAAAGGAGCAUAAGCACAAAUCAAAAAAGCUUUGUGUUUGCUGGAGAAUGUGGCUGAUUGGUUAGGAGGUGGGAGCAGAUAAAUAUAUGGAUUAAUAAAUGCCUGUGUAAGGAGUAAGUUUACUCCCUUACUCUUUGUGUAAGGAGUAAGAGAGUUACUCAUCAAUCUCGAAACAUGUUUCAGCUAUGUUAGCUGAAACAUGUUUUUUAUUCUCAGUUAUUUUAUUCUCACUUCACACUAUGGUUCAGAUGUUGCCGCAUUUAUCUAUGACGGUGUAAAUUAAUUUAACUCUCACAUAUCAACAGGGCACACUACAGUGAAAUGCUAAGAGCAGGGUUGCGUAAUUUCAAAUAUGCAAAACAUACCCUCCACCAUAACGGAGCAGCACAUUUUGGGAUGCACGUCAUCAUUCAUACAUGCGCUGUUUUUUUUCUUAUCAUUCAAACCUCCCUCUGGGCGCAACCUCCGCUGGGUUUAUUCCCGUUAAUUCUUUAUUUGCUAGAAGGAUUUUACUCUGCAGUGAAAUGUCUGACUGUGUUUGGGGGGAAGGAGGGCUAGAGAGAUGUGGGAAAGACCAAAUUGUUGCUAUAUUGGACCAUCCACCGGUGCAGCUGGUCUAUUUUUAGCCGGGGACUACAUCAGCUAUGACUGCAGACACUGAGAGGGGAAAUCACCAGCGCUGCUGCUGUCUUCAUCCAACCACUGACCCUUCACUGAAGUAAAUCAAACAGCAACAAGGGAGGCUCUGAAAUAUUAUGCUUUAAAGGAGGAAGAUAAUAAAAUGUGCUUUUUAAACAAUUUUUGUGAAGGAGGAUGUUUGGCUUUGCUCUUUUGGAGAAGUGUUUUGGUAAUUAAACCUGAUUUAAGUGAACUUGGAGCGCAGGUGACCCCCAUCUGAGGCAAGGCAGGUGGUCUGUGCGCGCUGAGAGAAAUAGAGAGGGAGAGGGAAAGAGAGAAACAGGGGGAGAGAGAGAGGAAGAGCGGCACAGUGGUCGGGUUGCACACCAACAACCAUCAACCUGUGGAUAGAGCGCGCGCGAUGCGCCAUAGCCACCCUCUCCUCCUCUGACUCCGAGCCCGACAUCCAUCAUCCAUGACCCAGGAGAGGGUGCCAGCUUCAUUCUCCAGAGGGGGGGAGCAGCCGAAAAGUUGAGGGGUCGUGUGCCAACCCCCCUUCUCCUCCCUCCCACCUCAGCUUCAUGAAUGGCAGGACCAUGGAGGAGAUGCCGUUCGAAAGAGUUAAGACGCGGCGGAGAAAGGGUCGCUGCCCACCCGGCGCGCCGCUGGGAGCCAUCGCCUGCGAGGACGAGUUCAACAGCCAUGAGCUGGAGGCUCUCUUCCAGAACUACAACCUGAAGCUGGAGCAGACCGCCACCCUCAAGGCUCUGGCGGUGCUCAUCGUGGCCGCGUCGUCGCUGUCUCUGGUGGAGCUGCUGUCCAGUCCCCGGCUCACCUUGUCCAAGGGCUCCUAUCCGGUGCACUGCGUGGUGUUCCUGUCGCUCUUCAUCGUCACCAACGUCAAGUACCUGCAGGUGACGCAGCUGCAGCAGAUCGCCAAGCUGGCCCUGCUGUUCAGCUUCACCUUCGCGCUGCUCUGCUGUCCGUUCCCGCUGGCGCUCGGCACGCCGGAAACGAUGAGCGCCGCAACCCCGGAGCAAGGCGUGUGGCAGCUCAUGCUGGUCACCCUGGUGGCUUACGUGCUGCUUCCCGUACGGACGCUGCUGGCGGUGCUGUUCGGGGUGAUGCUGUCUGCAUCCCACUUCAUAGUAAUAGCGACGUCCGUGACAGGGAUGAAGCAGAAGCUGUGGAGACCGCUGGCGGCUAACGCCGUGCUCUUCACCAGUGUGAACCUGUCGGGGGUGUUUGUGAGGAUUCUGACCGAGCGUACCCAGAGGAAGGUCUUCCUGCAGGCGCGCAACUGCAUCGAGGGGCGUUUGCAGCUGGAGGACGAAAACGAGAAGCAGGAGCGUCUACUAAUGAGCCUUCUGCCCAGAAAUGUUGCCAUGGAGAUGAAGGAGGACUUCCUGAAGCCACCAGAGAGAAUUUUUCACAAGAUCUACAUCCAGCGCCAUGACAAUGUCAGCAUCCUGUUUGCAGACAUUGUGGGAUUCACCAGCUUAGCUUCUCAGUGCACUGCUCAGGAACUGGUCAAGUUGCUGAAUGAACUCUUUGGGAAGUUUGAUGAACUGGCAACGGAGAAUCACUGCAGGCGGAUAAAAAUAUUGGGGGACUGUUACUAUUGUGUGUCAGGACUUACACAACCCAAGGCAGACCAUGCCCAUUGCUGUGUGGAGAUGGGAUUGGAUAUGAUUGAUACAAUUGCUUCAGUGGUGGAAGCAACCGAAGUGGAUCUGAACAUGCGUGUUGGGCUGCAUACAGGACGGGUUCUGUGUGGUGUGUUAGGCCUGAGGAAGUGGCAGUACGAUGUCUGGUCAAACGAUGUCACACUGGCAAAUGUGAUGGAGGCUGGUGGGCUGCCUGGUAAGGUGCACAUCACAAGGACCACCCUGGAGUGUUUGAACGGAGACUAUGAGGUGGAACCAGGCUUUGGCCACGAGAGGCACGCCUUCCUACAGAAGCACCAUAUCGAGACAUUCUUCAUCGUGCCUUCGCACAGACGUAAAAUUUUUCCUGGGAUUAUCCUGUCAGACAUCAAACCAGCCAAGAGGAUGAAGUUCAAGACAGUGUGCUACCUGCUGGUGCAGCUCAUGCACUGUAGGAAGAUGUUUAAGGCCGAGAUCCCCUUCUCUAACGUCAUGACCUGCGAGGACGACGACAAGCGGCGAGCCUUGCGGACCGCAUCGGAGAAGCUGAAGAGUCGGACAUCCUUCUCGGCCACAGCCGUGCAGCACUCCCCGGCCACACGGGUCAAUCGCUACAUCGGUCGGCUCAUCGAAGCGCGGCAGACUGAGUCUGGGACAUCAGAUCUGAACCACUUCACCUUGUUUUACAGUAGCAGAGACAGGGAGCGCAGGUAUCACCAGGUGUAUGAUGACCAUUUCAUCAGUGCGGUGGUUCUCUCUCUGAUCCUGGGUGCCCUGUUUGGCCUUAUCUAUCUGCUAAUGAUCCCACAAGGGGUUUUGGUGUUGCUGCUGCUGGUGCUGUGUGUGUGUUUCCACGUGGCCUGUGUGAUGUACCUACAUCUCACCAGAGUUCAGUGCCAACCAGGCUGUCUGACCAUCCAGAUUCGAACAGUCCUCUGCAUCUUCUUGGUUCUGCUCACCUACUCUGUUACUCAGGCCUGUGUGGUGGGAUGUGUACCGUGGGGUAAAGUUGAGACGAACUCUACCCGUUUCGUGGAGGACAUCGCUGCGGAUGCCCUCGGGGUCGGACCUGCCAAUAGCACCGCAGUGGACAAGACUGGUCCCAGCAUGGCAUACGCCCUGCUGUCCUGUGUGGCCGGGACUCUCACUGUGGUCCCUUACCUCCGCGUUUCAUCGCUCCCUAAGAUCCUCCUGCUCCUCCUGCUCUCUGUUACCUACACGGCUGUUAUGGAAAGCAGCGGCUACCGCCAGGCUGUGGGUGGUGGCUUUCUGCACACUCGAGGCUAUGAUCCCGUGUUGGCUGUUCUGCUGUUUUCUGGAGCUCUGGCUCUCCAUUCCAGGCAGCUGGAUCUGAAGCUGCGGCUCGACUAUCUUUGGGUAACUCAGGCAGAGGAGGAGAGGGAUGACAUGGAGAAGGUGAAGCUGGAUAAUAAGAGGAUCCUAUUUAACCUGCUGCCGGCUCAUGUGGCUCAGCACUUCCUAAUGUCAAACCCCAGGAACAUGGAUCUUUACUAUCAGUCCUACGCUCAAGUUGGUGUUCUGUUUGCCUCUAUUGCCAACUUCAAUGACUUCUACAUUGAGCUGGAUGGGAACAACAUGGGAGUCGAGUGUUUGAGGCUUCUCAAUGAGAUCAUUGCGGACUUUGACGAGCUCAUGGACAAAGAGUGCUACAGGGAUAUUGAGAAAAUCAAGACCAUUGGCAGCACAUAUAUGGCUGCCGUGGGGCUGGUUCCUACGACUGCUUCCAAGACUAAAAAGUCCAUCACCUCACAUUUAUGCACAGUGUCAGACUUUGCCAUUGAGAUGUUCAAUGUUCUGGAUGCCAUCAACUACCAGUCCUAUAAUGACUUUGUUCUGAGAGUAGGAAUCAACGCUGGCCCUGUGGUGGCAGGAGUUAUUGGAGCCCGGAGGCCUCAGUACGACAUCUGGGGAAACACAGUCAACGUAGCCAGCAGGAUGGACAGUACGGGAGUCCAAGGAAAAAUACAGGUGACAGAGGACGUCUACCGCCUCAUUACCGACUACUACGACUUUGUGUGUCGUGGUCAGGUCAGUGUGAAGGGCAAAGGCCAGAUGCUUACAUACUUUUUGGAGGGCCGCAGGAAAGGGAGCAGGCCCUCUCAGAGCCAGCAGCUGCAGCACACUAACAGCGAGCGCCGUUCGAGCGCCUUCACACAUGGCAGUGUUUGCACCAGGCUAAGCCCCGCACCCACAGUGACCAGCUAUUCCAACAUCAGGACCCCGAGCCCGGGCGUGCCCAAACCAACCCCCUCCACCAGCACCACCAGAUACCUUCCAUCUGCUUCUGCAGCAAUGGUGUGAUGCAUGCACUCUCAAAGAGAAUUCGGGAAACAAAAAAAUAAGAAUGGAGGUGGGUUAAAGAAUCGCUGUAGCAGAGAAAAGCUUGUAUCCGCUCUUUGUUGUUGUGUUUCUGGAGCACAGGAAGGCAAAUAAGCUGAUUCUUCAGCAGGAGGCCUGGACUCAAGUCUGGUUUUUCUAUGGGACGGUCUGACGCCUCGAUUGGACUCACCCUUCCCCGUUGAAGCAGGUUGUCUCAAUCAGGAUAUGGGAUGCUUUAGCCACGUUGCUUCAUCAUCAACCCAAGGCCAAGGAAGUCUCUGGGAUCUGCCAAAACCUCUGACGGUGUAGCAUGCAAGCCUCUCACAACAAUCAACACCUGGGAAUUCCUUUAAACUAACCAUUUCAUUAGAGUGUAGAUAAGACAUCAGUGCUGUUGCCUUAGCAGCCAGUCCUCACAAAUGUCUAUGGCUCAUUUGUGUUGCCUUUUAGUUGAUUUCUGGAUUUUUGGAGCUGAAUGAAGAUGAAUUGUUAACAGGGUUAUUGCUGUCAGAGUAUUUUUAAAACCAAAUGUUUGAUCAGUGCAGGCAGGUAAUGGAAUAAUCUUGCCAAAAAAUAACCCAACAAAAAACAAAACAAGGCAUUGCCUUAAGGCAGUUACGGGUCGGGGAUGCCGUUCACCUUAUUAAAACCCUCUGACGGCACAUGUAACUUUUUUUUAAAAGAAAAUUUCUCUAAGUGCAUGAUGCCACUGCUGCAUUUCAGUCGCGUUUGCCGUCCGUUUCCCUGUGAUGCUUGACUUCCAGACUCUUCCUCGUCAAAGUGUAGCAAUAAAGCAGUUUGUCUCUUAUCUCAGCGCGUUCACUCUUUGCAUGCUGUAGCCUGCUGGGUCCUAAGUUGACCUGAUAGUGUUUGUAGCUAAUAGAGUGUGCAUAGCUAGCCACACUGGUCUUUAUCUCUGUGGAGUUGAAGCAUGACUUAGAGAACUUUUGUUUCAGUUUGGUGUGAUUCCCUCUUUCUCUCUGAAUUAUUUAUUUUUUUAAAGAAAACCUUUUUUCUGUUUAUGAAGACAUUUAUGCUCCUGUUAAAAUGUUCUAUUCUGCUAUUUUUAUUCAACUCAAAACCGUCUCGGUUGAGAAAAGAAAAUGUGUGCGUUUAUGAGGAGACACCCAAACCUCUGGUUCUGGCUUCAUCAUGCAAACCCAGAUGAUUUAUUUUAUAGUACAGCACUCACAGUACGGCUUACCACAGCCAUUAACUCUCCUGUAAUCAGUUUUUGCAUGCAAUGCCUGCAAGCCUGUGGCUCAUACAUGCAUGCUUUGAUGAAACACGGAUGCAGGCCAAGCAGCACACACGCGGAGGCUCUUUUUUUAAUGUCGUCCUCAUGCAUGCGCUAACAGUAGCGGUUCCUCUUGAAUGUAAGGUGCUUUAUUGACACGUCUUCUUUAUAAGCUUGGUGUUUGAAUCUUAAUGAGGAUGUAUUUCAGGAUAGAUAGACACCAGGCCGAAGCAGAACGGUUUGGAAGGGCAGGGGGGUUCCUCCUCCUUCUAAACCUCCUCCCUGCUUUUGCUGUAUUAAAACAGGUAGCUGUUUCUUUCAAACGUGCCAACCUAUUUUCAUAAACAUAUCAAACUUUUCGUGUCGAGCUGUAGCACAACUCAAUGCGUGUGACUACGGUUCUCGUGGGAUCUUUUUUGUGUUGAAUGCCUGGAUUUUUACUAUUUUAACUGUUCCUGGACAGUUUUUUUUAAAACUAAAAUCAAAGGCAAGUGUCAAUUUUGGAGCAUUUAAAUGACAAAGGUGUUGUACUUAUCUUUAACAUAGAUUAAAUAUCUAGUAUCUCAGAUGCUUUCUUGGAGCUUUGAAAUGAGGAUUUUUAUAAAGUUGCUUUAAAAAAGUUGAUGGAAAGUUAUUGGAAAUUAUUUGUGCAUAAUAUUUUUUCUGUAAAUUGGAUAUUUUCAUACUGUAUGAUACGGGUUUUAGUUGUUAUAUGUAGGUAUUACCUGCUGAUAUUGUCUAUUUCUGAGAUAUAUUCUAAAUUAUUUGAUAUUUGUCAGGUUCCUUUUGUUGAAGAUGUAUUUAUGGAAAUGUUUUAUGUGAAUGUACAUUUUGUUAAAGAUGAUAUUUUAUACUAAGUGUUUGCACUGCGAGAUUAUUGACGUAUUAUAAAGAUUACAAAAAUAAAGCCAGCAGGGUUGUUGUCUCCUGCAGUACGAACA